UCUCAGUUCUCACCAAGCGAGCUAUUGUAGCUCACCCAACUAUCUCUCUCUCUCUCUCACUCACUCACGCGAGAGCAAAGACAAGCAUAGCAAACCGCAAGGUUUCUGCCUAGUUGGUUGUGUGUGCUCCUUGGUCGCCGAUUGAGGUUGCUCCAAAGUCUGAAAGACUCAAAAAGUAGAAUGAAGAUGUUCCUUAUUUUAUGAGCAACCAAAGAAGAAAUGCAAAGGAGGAUAGCAUCAGAAAUUUGUCUAUUGAAGAGACAGCAUUGCCGAUAUAAUCAAAAUCUGUAUUUUGGUUCGGAGAGAAUCCCAGUCCUUGGAGAUGAAGGGGAUGAUCCACUGUACUUGGAUGUACCAAGGCUCCCUCGAACAAAGUCAGAGAGGAAGCCAUAUCCAACACCAAUGAAGCUUUUGAUUCAAAGGGCAAAGAAGGAUAGAGAAGCCAGAAAGGCUGAACCUUGUAGAUUGCUCCAAGAUCCACCUGACAAUGGCUUAUUGGUUCCUGAGCUUGUCCAUGUGGCCCACCAAGUCUACUGGUCCCGUCAGUCUCUCCUCUCUGGUCUUUCUAAGCUUGUCCAAGCCAUUCCUGUUCAACGUUGCAGGUGCUGCUUUGAGGUUCACAUUGGCCAUGUUGGUCAUGAAAUAAGAACCUGCACUGGUCCAAAGAGUGGUUUCCGGAGUGCUACUCAUGUUUGGAGAAAGGGUGGAGUUCAGGAUGUGAUAUUUUUCCCCAAAUGCUUUCAUCUUUAUGAUCGUGUUGGGAAACCAAGGGUUGGGCAUGACGAGAAGUAUAGUGUACCGCAAAUCCCUGCACUUGUAGAGCUUUGUAUUCAAGCUGGUCUUGACCUUGAAAAGUACCCUACAAGGAGAAGAACAAAACCUGUAUACAGUAUUGAAGGAAGAAUUGUAGAUUUCGAGUUAGUAACAGACAAGGAUGGGCUGGAGGGGAACUUGUAUUCUCAGAAUGUUGAUUCUGUAGUAGAUUCCAAUUUUGGGACCAACAUUGAGGAAAUGACGAAAAAAUCAUUUUUUGAGAAUCCUUGUAAUCUUCUGGAUCAAUCAAAUGGUGACGAAGGGAAGAAUUUGAGGGAUUUAAGCAUCAGAACAAUGGACUCAUGGUUUGGGAUGAUGUCAGGAGUGAAGAAGAUGAUGGAGAAGUACAAUGUGCUUACCUGUGGGUACUGCCCUGAGGUUCAAGUGGGUCCUAAGGGGCACAAGGUGAGGAUGUGCAAGGCAUCGAAGCACCAAUCUCGUAAUGGUUUACAUGCAUGGCAAGAAGCGACAAUAGAUGAUCUUGUAGGUCCUAAUUAUGUUUGGCAUGUUAGAGAUCUGAAUGGGCCUGCUUUAAAUAACAACCUGAAGAGGUAUUAUGGUAAAGCUCCAGCUGUGGUAGAGCUAUGUGUGCAAGCAGGUGCACCUGUUCCAGAUCAGUAUAGGAGUAUGAUGAGAUUAGAUGUGGUUCCUCCUGAGCGUGACGAAGUUGAUCUUGUUGCUUGAAAUAUGAAGUUUUGUUAUGCAGAUGGUUUGAAAAUGUUAAGUGGAAAUUCAAGGCUCAUGACUUUACCCUUCAAAAUGUAUCUGUAUGUGCAUCUGGCCAGCUUAUUUGCUUAAAGGCGAGACAAAAAGUGAAUCUGUAUGCUACGAAUGUUAGUUUCAUCUUCUACGGAUACCUUUUUGAGGAUAGCUUCAGUUUUAGGCAACUGCUACUUUGGAUGUUCUAGCACUACCUAAUGGAGUGUCAAUUUUUUUGUUCAUAUUAGAAUAUUACAUGGGAAAUUUGGAGUGCCCCUUGAAGAAAUAUUGUUGCAUUGGGGAAAUAAUUUGGCAAGGAAGAACUGAACACCAAUGACUUCAUAACAAUGUUCGUUAGAAGAGGAUUUUCAGAACAUGCACUGUUGGGUUCAAAUAGAAGGUGACAUUCACUUAUUCCUUCAGAAUUUGAAAUCAGUUGGUCUCCACUAAUUACUAGAGCAUCAAAAGCUUCAGUUUUUUCUUUUUUACACCGAGCAUCCAGUUCUUGAUCAAGUUCAUCAUAGAGGAGAAGUGGUCCCACACAAUAAGCUUUGGCCUCAUUGCAAUAGUUGGAUUCAAAUGCUCCAAUAUAGUCACCUUCAAUCUCUUCAAAGCUAUUAACAAUAACACCCCAACUAUUCACAUCUGCUUCUUCAAGCUCCAUUAGAAGGCGCACAGAAGGUUCAUUUGGGUCACCAUUUAAAAGCACAUCAGGGAUGUCACCUAUGUUCAAAGUGAAUGGAAUUUUCAGCUCCGACAACUCUAUAGGAUCCAAAGGUGACACUUUCUUAACACUUGGAACAUUCAAAGAAGUAGAUUUUGAAACAGCCAUGGAAAACACUCCCAUUCCAUGAGAAACAACACGUGGAAUUCCAAAUAAACGACAUGACUCAAGUGUCCAACCUAGGAAAAAGUCAGAGAUAACACAAAUUGGAGGACACCCAUCAUCAAUCAUGUCUCUAAGAACAUCCUCAAAAGCUUGUUUCAUUUUUUUGGUGGCUUCUAUAAAAAGAACCAAUAGGGCCAUUGAAGGAAGGUCAGCAGUGUUCUCACUUCUCACGGCUUGAGAAGGCUGUUGAUAUGUCUAGUAAGGGGAUGGUGUGGCCUUGAGCCAUGAGAGGAAAAAUCACUACAUGGAGUACUCGUGAUGCAGCUGUGACCAUGACUGGUACUGGAAUCCUGUUUUUUCAUUACAGUUUAGAAACCUAGGCUAUGUGAAUUGUGAGACUUGAAAUGGAGUUAGCUCACGUUCUUAUGCAGUUCAGAUUUCACCUUAUAUUAUUAUUUUCAUGUAAUGAUUUCAGCUUUAUUUGAUAGAUUUCUUUCAUUAAGAAACAAUUAAAAGAUGCUCUAGAGAUAUUCUCGGGGCCUUGGUUUCAA